AUGCUCAUCACCGUUGCACUGCUUACACCAGUGUUUGUAGGUGCCCAAAGCAGAACACAGUUUCCCGGGCCAGUGGUCAAUCGUGAACGCGCUGUGUGUGUCUUUUCCCCACCUAGCGAAUACCGCGGCCUGGUGAAGCAUGCUGGAGGCUGCCACUGCGGAGCUGUCCGCUUCGAGGUUUGGGCAUCAGCAGAUCUGCAUGUCUUUGACUGCAACUGCAGCAUUUGCACCAAGAAACAGAACAGACACUUCAUUGUGCCAGCCUCCCGCUUCAAGCUGCUGCAGGGUGCUGAUAACAUAACCAGGUAUACCUUCAACACACACUGCGCCCAGCACACCUUCUGCAAGACCUGUGGUGUGCAGAGCUUUUACACUCCCCGCUCUAACCCAGAUGGCUAUGGAAUUGCCCCGCACUGCUUGGAUGAGGGCACUGUGCACAGCACCACCGUCGAGGAGAUCAAUGGCAAGGAGUGGGAGAAGGCAGUGAAGGAGCACAAGACUAUCAGGAGCAUGUCGAAACCGUGACGCCGCUUCAGGGCGCCAAGUGUGUGCAUUGGCCCAGGUGGACCAGCGCGUGAUGUUAGCUCAAGCUGUCCUGUGCUGAGCUCUGAGGGAAAUAAAUCUUUGCUUUUUUUCCUUAAGUAAA